UUCCUUCCGUCAUUCACCCUCGCUAAAGGGAAUCAUCGGGACGAGAAGGUGAUGUGAAGCCCCUCCAGCGGGGGGAUCCGCCGUCUGGGACGUCCCACUGUGACCAGAGCCUCUCAUCCACAAAGCUACCCCCCCAGCCGCGUUCCUGAUCCACGCCGCCUCGCAGACCAUGAUGUUUCGGGAUCAGGUGGGCGUGCUGGCCAGCUGGUUUAAGGGGUGGAACGAGUGCGAGCAGACCGUGGCUCUGGUGUCGCUGCUGAAGAGGGUGAGCCGGACCCAGGCCCGCUUCCUGCAGGUCUGCCUGGAGCACUCCCUGGCCGAGUGCACGGAGCUGCAGGUCCUGGAAGGAGAGGCCAACAAUCCAGGUCUCAUCAGUCAGUGGCAAGGCGAGCCGAAGGAGCGCAUCAUCUCGCUGGUUCUCACCCACCUCCCUCUGCUCAAACCGGGCAACACCGAAGCCAAGAGCGAGUACAUGCGCCUGCUGCCGCGGAUCCUGGCCCACACCAUCGAGCACGGCCGCCACCUGGAGGAGUCCCGGCAGCUCCUGUCCUACGCCCUCAUCCACCCCGCCACCUCCCUGGAGGACCGCUCCGCUCUGGCGCUCUGGCUCAACCACCUGGAGGAGAGGGCUGCCGCGCGGGGGGAUUCCCUGGAGAGGCCCCCCCCCGCCGCCGGCCCCCACCACCACCAUCAUCAGUCCACGCCUCCUUCCACCCUCACCUCGUCGGGUUCCUCGUCUUCCACGAACUCUUCGUCGUCGGGGAACCUGUACAACCUGCACCACCACCAGCGCUACGGCUCGGACGAUCGCCUCAACGGAUGGCCGAGCUCCCGGGACUCGGGAAUCGGCGGCGGCGGUGGCGGCUGGCACCAGCAGCAGGGCUGUGAGAACGGACAUCUCAUGCUUUACCCGUCGUCCUCGGUGCCGGCAACCAUCAACACGGUUGGAACCGGCGGAGGAAGCAACACCAUUCUGACGAGCGGAGGUGGAAGUACGCAGCACAGUCCCCUAAAGCGCUCCGUGUCCCUUACGCCUCCCAUCAGUGGCCCCAACAACCAGCCUCUGGGCCACGUCUGGCUGUCCCAGGAGGACCUUCGGACCUCCAGAGGCCCCGCGCCAGACCACGCGCCUCUCUCCCCCCAGAGCAGCAUCGCCUCCUCGGGCAGCGGGGGCAGCGAACACCUGGAUGACGCCGGUUUAGGAGGCGGCUCCAGUCUGCAUCGCAAUUCCUUCCAUGAGGACGGCAGUGGAAUGAGGGAUGUUCCUGCAUGGCUGAAGAGUCUUCGUCUACAUAAGUACGCCGCGCUCUUCUCCACAAUGACCUAUGUUGAGAUGAUGUCACUGACGGAAGAACAGCUGGAAGCGCAGAAAGUGACCAAAGGAGCUCGACACAAGAUUAUAAUCAGCAUUCAGAAACUUAAAGAGAGGCAGAACCUUCUGCGCAGCCUGGAAAAGGAUGUGUUGGAAGGUGGGAAUCUACGCACCCCCCUUCAGGAGCUCCACCAGAUGAUCAUGACUCCCAUCAAGGCCUUCGGUGGAGGGGAAGAGUCCUCUCUGCAGCGCACCCUUCUGAGACCGGAGACCAAGAGCUCCGCGUCCGACUCCAACCUUCCUGGAGGGGGUGGAGGUGAGGCGGAGCCUGGGACUAGCGUCAUCGCUGAGGGGGAUCUACCUGGUCAGUUCACCCGUGUCAUGGGCAAAGUUUGUACGCAGCUCCUGGUGUCACGAUCGGAUGAGGAUAACAUCAGCUCCUACCUGCAGCUCAUCGAUAAAUGUCUCAUCCAUGAGUCCUUCACGGAGACACAGAAGAAGAGGCUGUUGUCUUGGAAGCAGCAGGUCCAGAGGCUUUUCCGGUCCAUUCCAAGGAAAACCCUCCUUGACAUCGCAGGUUACCGACCUCAGAGAAGCAGCCGUUUUGGUCAGUCAAACUCUCUCCCCACCGCCAGCUGUGUCGGGGGUAGUGUGUCAGCCAGGAGGAGCCUGCACCAGUUCCAUAUGCCUUCCAGGAGCUUGCCAGGAGCCAGGCUGGGUCUACUGGGCAGCGGGGGCUUGCUGGGACCCACACCUCGCAGCUCCAGCAGCACCCCAACUGGUCCCAAGCAGGGGAGGCAUGGUCCAUGGUUUGCCAACCCAGGAGGAAGUAACAGCAUGCCCAGUAGGACCCACAGCUCCGUGCAGAGGACGCGAUCCCUGCCGGUUCACACCACGCCACAAACUAUGGUCACGUUCCAGCAAGCUGACCAUCAGUUUCCCGUGACGGAGCCGGACAUCAACAAUCGUCUGGAGUCCUUGUGUUUGAGCAUGACGGAACACGCUCUGGGAGAUGGUGCAGAUCGCACAUCGACAAUAUGAGAUCAGCAGGAUGCCGCAGCUUCUCCUAUAAGCCACCCGAAGGUCGCCGGUCCUCGCGCCCCCUCCCCCCCCUCCCUUUUCCAGUAGCUGAUGGUAGAGCCCAACCGGCGGUCCCAGGCGGGACCUCAGAAACACACGCAGGUUGAUCGUCAGAUGGCUAACACAAGCCUUCAUCCAUCUGGUAAAAAAAAAAAAACGGUCGUCUGAACCUGCAGGUGGAGAAAGAAAAGUAUGAAAACCAAUGUUGGACAGAGCGUGAAUAGCCCCCCCCCCCCCCCCCCAUCCCCAUGUGGAAGCUGGUGGACCGGAGACCUCGGCCUGUGGAUCGGGCCUCAGUCGGACGUCGUCUGGCGCGUUGACCAGAUCAACGCGGCGUCCUUCGCCUCAUUCACAUCACAUUACCUCAGACAAGACGAGCAGAGCCGCGAGGAUGACGGCGGAUGUUUGGGGGGGGGGGAUUUAGACCAGACCGAACGUCCAGAGCCGACGUUGGUAGAAGUGAGCGUCGCAUCUCUCCAAGAAUUCAGCUGACGGCAUGUGUCCACGGCGUUACACGGUGACGCUACCCUCAGAGGCUACAGGAACACGUACUCACUUCAGGUAGCCGCCGUGCACAAAGCUUUACGUCCAUCUAGUCUACAACGGACAUGCUCGUUGUUUGUUUUAGCUGGGGGGAACGACGGCGAGUUCUGGUCUUUUUAAACCAGGAGAGAGCGUCGGGAGGAAGUGGAGCAGACAUGGAGGAAGAAGGACGUAGAAUGUUGUAGAGGAAGGAAUCAAGCUGAAGUGAUGCUAAGAGGGGAAGCGGAUGUUUUAAGAGGCCGGACCUCUGAAGAUGACGGCUGGUGAUGAUGAUGAUGAUGAUGAUGAUGAUGAUGUCAUGUUGAGUGAGUGAGGGAGGGAGGACGUGGAUCAGUUGUGCUCAUUCACGGCGUGUGCUGUCGGAAAAAUGCAGGAAAUCUGCACAAGAAAAGGGGAAUGUUUCUGCAGGGGAAACGACCUGUGGAUGUUCGGACGCUGGGCUCUCUAAAGCAGCUGCGUUUGUUUGUUUGUUUGUUUGUUUGUUUGUUUGUUUGUUUGUUUGUUAGGAAGAAGGAAAAGUGUGAAAGUUUCAGAGAAAAGGCGACCUGUCAAUCCAUGAAGGGUAGCUCACCCAGAGAUUGUCUCGUUAGUGCUGACCUCCACCUGCUGGCCAGACGCAGUCAUUGCAGCGCAGACCUGCGUACCUUUGGCUGCUUCAUCAGCAGAGGCCUUCAAAAAAUACAUUUUCUUCUUUAUUUUUUAUAUUUUUUUUUAAACAAAUCUUCUGGUUAUUUUGUGUCUUAAUAUUUAUCCCCAUUUGCUUGCAGCGGGAAUAUAGUUGCAUUAAAUAAGCUGGUUAGGUUGCUGGUGAGGGUACCCGAGUCCUGGCCGGUUUCUUUAUUAUUAUUUUCUUAAACAAUUACGUGUUUUGUUGUCAUUUUGUAGUACUUUCUUUGUAUUCUGCACUUAAUAAUGUGAGACACUAAAGUCCAAAUGUUCAAGGUUGAACCACGUGGCUAAUGUGGAGCUCUUCGUAAACCAUAAAGGAUUUCUCUUUACCUAAACUUGGUAGACUGGAGUUAAAAAGAUUAUUUUUUUUUAAUCAUGUCCAACAACUGAAUGACUGUAACAGUGUUUGCACUUAUUUUAGCUCUGUGACCCUGGUUUGGACUGUGCCUUAACAUGGAUUAACCUCUGCUGUGGAACAAAAUACAGAAAGAUAACGGCUCCCUAAAGACCUGCUACUAGCAUUGGCCCUGGGCGAUGCGUUUGCACUCGGAUGACGCUAAAUUCAGCCGAGUAAGGUGGAUUGGGGCGGAUCAUAAGUUUAGAAAUCUGGAUGCUCGAUGCUGGGCCCUCACAGGGAAGGGAUCCAGGGACAGGCCCACAAUUUGCUGGAGAAACUGUCCCUUCUAGUCUUUAACAAGCAUUAAAACAAAGACAAAAUCAAGAAGUUCACCUUUGAAACUCUCUUUUAGGGUCUUAUGUUAGCUGUUAGCAUGGUUAGCGGACCUAGCAUUACAAGAAAAAUCAAAAUCCACGUGUUUUUCCAUGACAGGACCCUUACAGUGGCUCUGAGAUUUCCAAAAGGCGACAAAUGCUCCCAAAUCCAGCAUGUUUUAAAUAACGUUAAAUGCUCAAAAGCAGAAAACGGGACAACUUUGCUGUUCAGCCUUCCUGUUGUCUGUUGAAAGUACUCUCUCUCUCUCUGAAUAGCUGACAUCUCUUAACAUGUGGAAAAUAGCUUCCUUAAUUCUCUAUGCCCCCUUUCACUUAACAGAUUCUAAAAAUAGCCAACCUUCUUCCUUUAUUAGGAACUUCCACUCUGAAGAGAGUUGUUUGUUGUUUGUUCGAACGGAUACCAAACGCAUGAAGAUUGGACCCGCCUGCCUGAUAACCUGAUUGGUAAAAUCCGGCACAGAAAAUAUAUAUAAUUUAACAAUUCUGGUAAUACAAGUUUAUCUACCAAAGGUUUCAAUUAACAUUUUGCUGGAAUACUCAUUUAAAAAGAUGUUUCCAGAAUGGCUGGUGAGGUUUUUUUUUUCUGUCUCUCCUGCAGUCUGAUCUUGUUUUUCCAGCUAAUCUUUAAGCUGGUUGCUCUGUUAUAAAACUGGCGGAGCUCAAAUAGUUGUUUUUGCGAUUUGAGUGAAAUAAAAAAAAAAAAAACGGUAACCUGGGUGUGAGCGGCAGUCCUCCAACCUUUCUGCUUGUGGGCCAUCAUUUCUAAGGCUCAUGAAAUCUUAAAUAAGUGUAGUUGAACACACUCUCAGAAGCAGACUGAGGGCAUAAUUGCUGCAAAUAUGACAACUUAAACUACAAGGUGGAAACCGGUUUGUAGUUUAACUUUUUUGAGAUUUGCGGUUUAGAUCUGAAACUGAGAACGCUUUGGUUUUGUGACAAAUGUGCAGAAACGCUCUUCAGAUCAAGGGAAAGUAGAUUGAAACUCCAGGAUUUAUCCGCUCACACGCUGCACGUUUAAAUUUGUAUGUUUUCUCAUCCUCGGUUUAACUCUAUCUGAAUUCCUGACCUCGGAUGUCUCGUGGUUUUGAUCCUGGAUAGAGAAAGUGCUUCUUCCUCCGCUGUGAAGCAGCAUCGGGAUCUCUUUUAUUCUCUCAGCUCCACUGCCAUGUGUCUCUCAGAACUUAAAAGUAGAAAAUAAUUAUUUAUUUCCUUUUUGUUUUCCAUAUUUCCUGCAGAGGUAAAACUGACCCUUUAAGUGUUUUUAUUAUUUAAAGUACCAUAUGUGUUAACGUGUUAUGGCUGGUGACCAUACAUACAUCUCAAAUAUUAACAUAGUCAUUUUCUUUGUACUUUAUUGCUUUUGUUGAGUGUUUUUUUAUUUUAUAUUUGAAGCUUUGAGCGCAGCAGAGAGCCUACCGGUCGACCAGGAACCAGUUUUAUUUUGCAUUUAGAAGGAAUCGGUCCAUUUAGGACCUGGUGUGUUUCCACCAAGCCAGUUUGGGAGAGGUUUAAAUGUUAAUCUCAAAGCAGCUGAGGGAUCUUGGGACUAUUUCUAGCGGUGGAUUAACACAUUGCGAUUGGUUGCAAUGUUUCAUCCGGUCAAACAGUUGGAAAUCGGUUUGCUUGUCUUUUUAUGGGAUCUGUUUAUGAGGGUUGCUGAUGUUUUUUUACAUAAGAAAACACAGAUUGUCCUGUCAAAGAGGAGUAAUGUGUGAACAAGAGGAGUUUCUGUGACUUUAUUGGGUCAGGUGUUCCACAUUAAGAGCGCAGAACGGCCCGUCGGGCUCCGCUGUGGGACAACCGGAGCUCAGGAUCAUUAUCAUCUCUUCAAAUCAAACCAAAUCAGCUCUGUUGCUCUCUGCGCUGUGCACGCAGCAGUAUUAACAUUUAACGCUUUGAUAUUCCAAAAGCAUUUAUUGUAUUUUACGUUGAGACAUGUAUGCUCCUUUUUUUGUGUUUGUUUCAUUUUUCAUAGAUUCUGCAAAUCAGUCUGUAUUUUUUUUUCUGAUGUCAGGACUUUUUGUUCUGGUUUUAGUUUUUUUUUUUAGUUUUUUUUUUUUUUAGAUAAAGCGGUAUUCUUUCUGUAACAAAGUGUUAUCGCUUGACUGUGCUGUUUUUACUUCAUUUAGAUUUAUUCUAUCAAAGAGCCGAUGUCCUGUAUUGACUGCAGGCUUACUUAUAUAUUUGGAGGAAAAAAAAAUUUAAAUGUAUGUUUAAUAAUAAAAAGUUUCAAAAAUGGAAAAAAAAAAUCUAGAAAAUCAAAAGUUGAUUUGGGGGGGAAAAAAAGUGUAUUUAUAUUUUAAACUGCAUGCACAAGACUGGGAAAGUCGUAUUUAGAAUAACAAAUGGCAGUGCCUUUUUUUGUAUACUUGACACAUCAAUGUCAUCAAAAAGUAAAAAAAAAAAAAAAAAAAAUGGGGUUUAACAUUUUAACUUUUAUGUUGCAGCAUUUGGAGAAAGUCACAGCUGAGUGGGUUCACCUUCACGCUGCAGAAGCAACACCGGCAAUUAUUUACCCCUUUCUUCCGCUUGGUAAAACCAUCUAGUUUGGUUUAUUUCACCAGAUUUGGUCCGGAUCUGCGGAAACGGUUGACAGUUUUCUGUAUUUUAGCAUGUGCUAAAUGUUUAAAUGAAUCUUCUUUGUGGCGAUCAUAAACACAACAAAACCCACCAAAUGAAUUCAUUUCUAAUUGAUGCAGUUUGUCAUGAAUCUAAAAACAACAUAUCAACCGAUACGGAUUCACUUUGCAAACUAAAAUCUUCCUUUUGUCGGUUAAACACAUCCUGACAUUACAUAUGCAGUUUAAGCAGCUUUUCUCUUUAGCUUCUCGUUCAUUUUAGCAGGCCAAACGCCUGAAUAGUUGCCGAACUGGUUCAUCUCACAAGCUGUUUUUUUUUCCCACAAACUGACUCGGUUCCUUGCGGGGGUUCUAAUAAAGGAGCGUGAACGUGAGCCCAACUGCUUAAACAAUCCUUGUGGUCUUCACACAGAAAUUGAAAUGUGACAGCAGUGUGAUAAAUGAUGAUAUGGAAGUGUUUUGAUGUGUUUUGUACUUUUGCUGCGAUGUACCGGAAUGCUGUGAUUUGGCAUGCCUUCAGUUUAUAUA